AUUCACUUGUAAUUUAUAUAAUAUGUCAAUCAAUAAAGCAUCUUCAAAAACUUUUGCUAUGGAGAAAGAAACUAACGCUUUGGAAGGAAUUUGAGUUAAGAGAGCGGUCUUGACAAGUAAGAGGAUCCCAACUUUAGGCACCAGUAACCUCUUACAACGGAGAGGUGACACAAUGAAAUGCAAGCCAUUUUCUUGUCUAACCAUUGGUACAAUCAAGUCUGCAAAGAAAAAAAAUCCUUUUGCUAUGAUAUCCAAGAUGAAAUCGAAGGUUAUAAUGGAAAAGCAAACAAUCUCCGAAGGUACUUUGAGCACCACAUAUGAAGAAAGCAAGGAUAAAUUUGAUUGUGAGUACAUCUUUCAGAGGCAUGUGUGAGACCACAAAGAAACAAAAGAGAAAAACUUAGCCAAAUUCCUAGACACCACAGGAAUUUUUCAAAUAAACUUGAAAGUUGUCUUGGAUGAAUACCACUUCUAAACUUCUUCUGCAAAGUUUGAAAGCUUUCUGGCUAUCUAAAUAAUCCUCUAUAACUCCAUAACCUCUUUCC